AUGGGUAGUGUAUUUCUACCGCAUCUACACACUGGGUGGCAUGUGGACCAAGCUAUCGUCACUGAACAAGAGCGGCUGGUCGUGAUAAGAUUCGGAAGAGAUUGGGACAAAGACUGCAUGUUGAUGGACGAAGUUUUAUUCUCUAUAGCAGAGAAGGUGAGGAGAUUUGCCGCCAUAUAUAUUUGUGAUAUUGAUGAAGUGACUGAUUUCAAUGAUAUGUACGAACUCUACGAUCCCAUGACGGUCAUGUUUUUCUAUCGAAACAAGCAUAUGAUGUGCGAUUUUGGAACCGGUAAUAAUAAUAAAAUGAACUUUGUCGUUGAAGAUAAGCAAGAAAUGGUGGAUAUCCUGGAGACUGUUUUUCGAGGGGCUAGGAAGAACAAGGGUCUUGUGGUUUCGCCAUAUGAUUAUAAUAAUAAGCGCGUAUAA